UGGGAAAGUCGAUCCGUCGAUUCUUCGAUACCCCGAUUUUUUGAUACAUAAUCGAUAAUCGAGGAUCGGCGAAAAUCACCGAUUAUUAAAAUUCUGCAGGAUGUAGACGUAAAGUGCUGCCUAGCAGCGGUUCAUCGCUGUCGUUGCAGUAAUUUUAGUCAGUUUUACAACUAAAUAAAUAACCAUAAACGAUAUAAUAAAUAAUAAAUGAAAUAUAACAUAGCUUACCACAGCUCAGUUGCCACAAUCCCGUAAGCGGGAACGGAGGUUGGCGAUUUCGUACUGUGCAUUUAGGGUUAUUUAUUUAUUAACGCAGUGUUAUCGUAUAAAGAAAUUGUAGCCCAACUUUUACUUGCUGAAUACACCCACAUUGGUAGCCAUGUGCACAAAAUUUCAAGAUUCUACUGAGAAGUGUGCCACGUUUUCUACGUUUCUAGUAUAUUUAUUCACUUGCGUUGUUGCAUAUUUAUUUUCGUCAAUGAUUUUUUUUGUUAACCAGCAUUUGUCUAUACAUGAACUUUCACAGGUUUGCCAACUUCCGGUACAGAUCUUAUUCUCAAUUACUUAACGAUAAAAUGCAAGAAUAAUGUGGCCAUAGCCCGUAACAUUUUACGAGUUACGUAUUUUCCGUAAUUUAUUUAAUAACAGUAAACAUUAAAUCACCAGUUAAUUACGCAACUUAAACAUAAAAUUUCAAUGGACGUUUUUGAAACACGUUUUCAUUCCAGUAAGUUACCAGUACGGCAACUGUAGAAAUUUUCUUACAUGCUUUUGUUUCCAGUGAUGCUUCUUUGUUUGAAUGUUGGGUAAUGUUAGCGCAAUACGAAUAGUAAAAUAACAUUUUUAUUUACGUGAUGUCUAGUGAAGUGUGGAAAUACUUUGUCAUCGACCGACAAAAUUCUGGCUACGCAAUAUGUCAAAUCUGUAAAUGUACAAUCUCACGUGGCGGUAAAUCUAAAACUACAACAAACAUGAAAAAACAUCUCGAAAACAAGCAUGGGAGUUACGUUCAUGAGACGAAGAAACAAAGGCUACAUUCAUCGGAAUUGAGCGAGAUUGAAGAAAAUGAAAUAGAUGAUAGUUCAGCACAAAAUUGUUCUUCAGAGACAACCUUGCCAUUGUCAUCAAAUUCAGAUGUUAGGCCUACUGCUACUGAUUCAUCGAGAGGCAGCGGUUCAGUGUCCCCGAGGCAUGCUGAGAAAGUUGGCCAAACGAAUAUUUCAUCAAGAACACCAAACCAGUAUAGGCUAACUCCUAAAAGUCAAUACCAGCCUACAUUACAAUCAUUUAUUGAUAAAACUGCACAAUUCAAGUCCACUGAUCCUCGUGCAAAAUCAAUAACUCAGCACAUAGGUAGAAUGAUGUGCUUAGACAAUCGUCCUUUUAGCAUGGUUGAAGACAGAGGAUUCACAGAAUUUGUCAAAUUCCUUGAGCCUAGGUAUGUUUUGCCCAGCAGAAAACAUUUUUCAAAUACUGUUGUACCACACAUGUACCAAGAAUGUAGGGAAAAUGUGAACAAAAAGUUGGACGAAGCUGAACAUGUGAGUCUUACAACAGAUAUGUGGACUUCAACAGCCAAUGACGAUUAUCUUGGUCUAACUGUGCAUUUUGUUGAUUCCAAUUUUGUCUUGCAACACCUCAACAUUGGGGUUAUUCCCUUUCCUGAAUUAUCUCACACAGGGAACAAUUUGUGCAAUUUUAUCACAGAAACACUUGAAGAAUGGAAGCUGCAAUCUAAAGUUGUUGCCAUUGUAAGAGACAAUGCCAGGAACAUAACUGCUGGCCUAGAAUCAUCCGAAUAUGAACAUCUGCCAUGCCUAGCACAUACCCUGCAGCUUGUUGUAAAGGAAGGGCUACUGAACAACAAGAAUGUAAAUAAUCUGAUUGCCAACGGUCGUCGCAUAGUUGGCCAUUUCAAACAUUCUUGUAAGGCGACAAAAGAGUUAAAGAAGGCUCAAGCCACGCUGAAAAUGAAAAAACAUAAACUUAUCCAGGAUGAACCAACGCGUUGGAAUUCAUCUCUCCAUAUGCUACAGCGCUUACUUGAGCAAAAACAGUCUGUUUCUUUAGCAUCAGCAACUCUGCAGUUACCUGUGACUUUUUCAUCAGCAGAAUGGAACCUGAUGACAAAUGUAGUAAACCUUUUAAGUAUUUUCAACCAUGCAACAUUGGCUGUAAGUACUCAGUGUGUGACAGCCUCAGAAGUCAUACCUAUAAUCAACAGUUCUACUGAAGAGCUAAGGAAACCAGCACCUACUGGAUCAGGUGUACAGGGCAUCAAAAAUGAUAUGCUUGCUGCCAUAACUUUGAAGUAUUCUGAUGUUGAAGAGAAUAUGUUGUACGCAGUUGCAACAUUACUGGACCCACGAUUUAAACACCAUGUUUUUGUGCAGGACGGUAAUGUCACAAAAGCGAAAGUUUUUUUGAUUGAAGAAGCAAGAAAAACUAUCUGUUUGAAACAACCUGAAACUGAGUCUGUGCCGCAAACAUCCAGCCAAGCAAUGGAAAGCCAUGGUAUGUGGACAUUUUACUCAAACAUAAUGAAGACUGCCCCAAGUGUAAGCCACAUCGCAUCAGUUGAAGAUGAGAUUAAUGUUUACUUGGAAGAACCUAUUCAAAAUUCAAGUACCAACGUUUUCCAGUAUUGGAAAGAAAAUACCAAGUACCCAUGUUUAAAAAAACUGUCAAAGAAAUUUCUUUGCAUUCCACCUUCAACUGUACAUUCCGAGCGAUUAUUCAGCACUGCAGGACUGAUUGUUGAUCAGAAACGGAACCGUUUAGAUCCUGAACGAGUCAAAAUGUUGGUUUUUUUAAAUAAGAAUUUGUGAUCUAAUAAGAAUUUAGGAUCUAAUAAGACUUUGUGAUCUAAUAAGAUGCUUUGCCAGUUUUCAUUUAUUAUUUUAAGAACUUUCAAUUUUAUUUUGUCAAAAGUGUUGUUUUUAUGAUAUUUCACUAUGUUGUCAUUUAUUUCAAAGGUAUAAAGAUUGAAUUUGGUAGUUUCUGGUUUUUUACAAUAUUUUUAAUAAUCACAACUUUUUGUGGCUAUUUAAAGUUUGAUUGAUAAAUGUUAAUGAUUGUACAUUUAGUAAUUAAUAUACUAUUUAUUAAAUUGUAUUCCAAUGAAAUUGUUAGUAUUUUGAUGACUUUACGACAAUUCACUUUUUAUUAGUACUACUGACCUAUUACUAAAUUACGUAUUCUCUUUUCAAAAUUACAUAUUCAACUGGAUUAAACAUAAUCCACAUAAAAAAUAAUGCUUGCCCUACACAUUACACAUUACAGAAUAGUAAUUUCAAUUUCUUUAUUUCAAGUAAUGUAAAGUUUUGUUUUAUGUGUUAAAUUUAAUAGUAUUUAUUUAUUAUUUUGAAAAAUGCUUUUUUAGUGUAUUCAAUAAGUAUGUUUACUGAUUCCAUUGUAACUUAUACUUCAAUCCCGAAAAUGAGAAUCUAUAACUUAACCUAAUUGAUUGGAAUCGAUAAUCGAUAAGAAUCGAUGAUCGCAACAAGACUCGAUAAUCGGUAUCGAAUCGAAAAUUUUGAAAAUUUCCCA